CUCUUUCUUUUUAUACAAAGUUAAAGACGUACGCUUUAAAUACGUUUGAGUGUUGAAAAACAGUUUUACGAAUAUAUUUUUUUCUACUUUUUUACUUGAGAAAAAGAAAAAUUAUCUCAUCUCUUUCGGUUCAAUAUAGUACCACAUCAUUUCGAAACUAAAUGGAAUCAAAUCAAGAACAUUGUCAUGACUUUGACUUUUUUAAAGGUGUUCAACGCGACAAACUUCUUCACGAAAUUCAUUGUCAUUUUUCACAAGAUAUACUAAAGUCGGCUUUAGUACUAUAUGGAAUGUCAGGUGUUGGAAAGACAAAAAUUGCCAAAAAAUACUGUGAAAUUUAUUCUGACUUUUAUAAAAACAUUGUCUGGAUAGACGCAGCAUUUGGAAAAUUACAAACUUCUAUAAGAAAUCGUUGUCAAUCAUUAGGAUUUCUUGUUCAUGAUUCGGUAGGUGAAUAUUUUAACAUGGAAGUAAUUGUUGAUAAAAUUCACAACUAUUACAUAAAUGAAAAAACUUUGUAUAUUUUUGACAAUGUCGACGAUGAAAGUGUUAAAGGUUUGAAAAUGUUCAUUUCAAGAAAAGCGAACUCGUAUACUUUAAUUACCUCGCAAUGGAGAACUUGGUCAAACAAUGUAAAUAAAAUGUUUGUUGAUGUUUUUUCUUCUGAAGAUGCAUUCGCUUAUGUUAAAAAUAAUAUUAAAGAAUACACCGAUGAAAAUAUAAAAAGCUUAAUCAAAGAACUUGGUUAUCAUCCGUUUGCUAUAACGCAGGCAAUAAAAUAUAUAAAUAUACAUAAAAUUUCGAUAGAAAAAUAUAUUGAUCGAUAUAGAAAGAAACCCCUAGAAAUAUUAGACACUGAUAACUUUCCUACUGAAGAAGAAUCAAAGUCUGCAAUAAAAGCAAUCAAUUUAGUUUUAUUCAAAUUAAAAAAAACUAAACUUAUUCCAUUAGAAAUACUAAACUGUUUAUCUCAUUGCGAUGGUCAAAAUAUAAGUAAAGAAUUUAUAAUCCAAAUCUUAAAUCAAAUGGAAAUAAAAGAAGAACAUAUAAUAGAUGAAACUCUUGGAUUACUAACAAGUUAUUCGUUACUAAAUUGUUUCGAUGAUAACAAAUAUUCAAUGCACGAACUGACUCAGUUGACGAGCAAAUAUUUUCAAAGUAAAAAUUCAAGUUCAAAUACUUAUCUUGAUCUAAUAGUAAAUUAUUUUAAAUUUGAGUUGAACCAAGUGAAGGAUCACAUAGAAUUCGGAAAUUAUUUCGUUUUUCAUUUCCUCUAUGUGUUUCGGAUUAACGAAAAAACAAUGUCAAAAACCUUCCAUAAUAUGACAACUUCUAUUAAAGAGUUAUUAGUAUGUAAAGGUUUAUUUGAUGAAGCAAUCGAAAUAUUAAAAGCUAUUCAAAGUUUUAACACAGAAACUUAUGGUGAAAAUAAUAAACACACGCUUGAUACGAAACAUAAUAUCGCAAAAUGUUUUGACAAUAUGGGAAAAUAUAACGAAGCUUUAGAAAUUUAUUAUUCUGUUGAGAAAAUACAAACUGAAAUUUUAGGUAUCAACCAUCCAGAUACAAUAAGAACAAAACAUAAUAUCGCAACCUGUUUGGACGAUAUGGGAAAAUAUAACGAAGCUUUAGAAAUUUAUUAUUCUGUUGAGAAAAUACAAACUGAAAUUUUAGGUAUCAACCAUCCAGAAACAACAAGAACAAAACAUAAUAUCGCAAACUGUUUGAACGAUAUCGGAAAAUAUAACGAAGCUUUAGAAAUUUGUUAUUCUGAUGAGAAAAUACAAACUGAAAUUUUAGGUAUCAACCAUCCAGAUACAAUAAGAACAAAACAUAGUAUCGCAAUCUGUUUGAAGAGUAUGGGAAAAUAUAACGAAGCUUUAGAAAUUUAUUAUUCUGUUGAGAAAAUACGAACUGAAAUUUUAGGUAUCAACCAUCCAGAAACAAUAAGAACAAAACAUAAUAUCGCAAUCUGUUUGUACGAUAUGGGAAAAUAUAACGAAGCUUUAGAAAUUUAUUAUUCUGUUGAGAAAAUACAAACUGAAAUUUUAGAUUAUAAUAAACAUAAACAUCCUCUUCAAUUCGGUUUCACUAAAAGUAGCUCAACCCUAAACGUUGAAUUUGUUAUUAGUGAAACAAUUAAACACUACAACAACAACAACUCUCCUGUCUAUCUAUGUUCCCUAGAUGCUGAAAAAGCCUAUUCUUCUGAAGUGGACUUAAUACCAGCUCACAAAAAUAAACCAGUUGACCAAAUUUGCAUUUUUUUGAGAGCAGGAGAGAUUAAUCAUCUGCUUGGAGCUCCAGGAGUUACAUCAGGAAUAGGACUUAAUCAGCUCAUAACUAUCAAGAGCAUUCUGACAGAGUUUGAUGUUGCAGAUCAUAUAAGAACUGUUUGCUUUGAUACUACUGCAAGCAAUACUAGAAUGAUUCGUCUUUCAAUUUACAGUUAA